AUGUCACUGCCCGACCUCACAAUACCAACCACGUUUCCCUGGAUAUCACCGUACCUCCGCUUCAACGACAUAUGGAGACCGAUACGAGAAAACCUUCCACCGGCUCUGCAAGGAAUUCUCUACCACUAUGAGUAUACCACGAGUCUCACGCUCGCGGACGAAGACCCUGCGAAAGCAGCUUGGCAGUCCGUCGUGCCUGACCUAGCAGCAAACCACAAGUUCCUCGUACACAACAUCCUAGCGGUCGCAUCGCUCCACCUCGCAAGGCUGCAUGGUCGUGGGUCGGAACGCAGAGCGAUGACAGAUUUGGCGGCGUCUCAAAUGAACAAGGCAAUACAAGGGUUCCGGCCUCAACUAAACAACAUCAAUGCCGAGAACGCUGCUGCUCUCUUUGCGAGUUCGACGCUCACCGCGGUAUACUUCUUCCGCACUGCGACACAGGAGUUGGAAGACAUACGAGCAAGCGUUUUACAAGGGACAAUUACACCGCCUCCAUACGUAGUGGAUAGGAUGCUUGCGGCCACGCUACGAACGAUAUGGGGUCUGCGCGGGCCGUGGACGGUCCUAAUACCAGGCUGGGACCACGUCGUGAACGGCGAAAUGAGCGUCAUUGCGAAUCGACACUGGUGGCCCAAGGACCGCCGACCGAAGUCAGAUCUGGCUCUGGAAGAAGAUCAGCGCCUCGCUGAUAUGGAGCGGCUUUGGAACGGCGGCCCUGAUCCAUCGCCUGAUGCCGAUACCUUGACCUCGGCGUUGUUCUACUUGAGAGAAACGUAUGCGCUGGUCUCGGAAUUGGUUAUAGCUGAGAACGAGUUUCCCUAUUUGACCUCUGUGGACUACGCGUACGCCGAUGAAGGCGGUAAGAUCGUGCAGAUGAAGGACCGCGGGGCGAUCUUUGUUUGGGCUGUGCGCAUUUCGAGGGAAUUUAUAAGGUUGGUGGAACAGAAGAAUAAGUACGCGUUGGCGAUACUGGCGCACUACGCUGUGCUUGCUGGGAGAGUGCGCAACGUGUGGUGGCUAGAGGGAAUGGGCGCCAAUUUCAUCAUUACAGUGGCGGUAGCAUUGGGUAGGGAGAAUUGGCAUCUCAUCGAGUGGCCGGUAAAGCAAGUCAAUGUGGAUCUGGAGAACGCGUUCUCAGCAAGACUUGAUCUGCUGGAGGGUGCGCCGGGGGAAAUGGCGAUGGAGGUUGUAUGA